ACGCCGCAGCGCGGGCGCGGAGGCAGCGAGCUGUGACUGCGGGCGCGACCGAGGCGAUCGUGGCGGCGAUGCAGGCCCACCGGCAGGAGACGGGCGUGCAAAAGAAUGGCUGCAUGGCGAUGGCCAACGUGUGCUCCGACACCGACGCCGCAGGGUUCGCACGCAUCCAGCGCGCAGCGGACGCGGGCGGCAUCGAGGUGGCUGUGGCGGCGCUGCAGGCUCACCCGCAGGUGGCGGAUGUGCAGCAGUAUGGCUGUUUGGCGCUGGUCAACGUGUGCUUCGGCAGCGACGCCGCAGCGUUCGCACGCAAGCAGCGCGCAGCAGACGCGGGCGGCAUCGAGUUGGUCGUGGCGGCGAUGCUGGCGCACCCGCAGGUGGCGGGCGUGCAGGAGAAUGGGUGCUGGGCGCUGUUCAACGUGUGCUCUGGCACCGACGCCGCAGCGCGGGCGCGGAGGCAGCGAGCUGUGACUGCGGGCGCGACCGAGGCGGCGGCAGGGGCUAUGCGGGCGCACCCGGGCGACGCAGCUGCCCAGAGGCAAGGGCAGAAUUUGCGCGAUCUUCUUGCCUGAAGGGAUCCGGGCCGCGCGCGGACCAAAAGAGCGGCACGACAUGAACAAGACGAAGAACGCAGUAGUCUCCGCGCGUUUUGUGGGUCGUACAUCUAGUCGUACAUAUAACAUUAUGACACA